AUGGCUGUCGAAUGCUUGCUGAUGCGUGAAGAUAUUUAUAUGAAGCUGCUAAAAAUCUCGGAGAAGACGUAUGGCGGUGAAAAGUUACGGCAUGAUGCACUCUACCAGAGGUUAAGAAGUCUGCCCUCAUUUAAAGGAGCUAGUUUAAGGAUAAUCGUUAAGGAAGUAGAUCAUAUCACCCAACAAACUCCUGAUUUGGAAGGAACAAAGGAUGAGGUAGCAGUGGUGAUAAUUUUACAUUAG